AAAAAAAAUAUUCAAAGAUAUUAGAAUAAUUCUUUUCAGUGAUAUUAAUUAAGUAUAAGUAUUGUGAGCAUAAUAAGGGAUUAUAUUUUAGAGGAUAGAUAUUAUUAUUUGAAUUUUAGCUGGAAAAAGUUUAAAAAAUAUAGAUUGUUGAAAAAAAUCAAGAUUAUGCAAGUUUAGUGCAAUUUAUAUAAGUGUAUCUAUUCUAUUAAUUACAUAAAAAGUGUCAGAAAUAAAAAGUAAAAUAUAGGAUCAGUAUUAUUUAUAAUAGUAAGGAUAUAAAAUGCUUUUUAUAUCCACAAUUAAAUCAGUGAUUAUGAACACAACUAGUAAUGCUGUGUCAAAAUUGAGUAGAGAUAAAUAUGAAAUAUAUUUUAAUAUGACAUUAGUUAAACGAUCUUUAUCUAUCGCCAAUGUGGUGAUAUUUUCUAUCUUAGCAAAUGUUAUUUUUACUUCAAAAUUUAUUUGGGAAAGAUAUAAAAAAUAUUCUAAAUUAGAUAAAUCUAUUAAUUUAAAAGAAAAAUUUCUUGAGUUGAAUCCUUCUCUCAAUAAUGAAUAUAUAAUGGAAAUAUUAUUUUUCACUGAAGACUCAGUUUCAUGUCGAAUGCAUCUAGGUGCUAAUGAAUGCUGUGAAAAAUUGGACUGUUCUGUGGCUAAUUUAAAUAAGCUAACAAAUUAUUUGCAUUGUGCUAAAGACACUAUACAUGUCUGCAUGUAUUUAUUUACUUGUCAAAUAUUGGGCAAUGCUAUUUUAAACGCACAUAAACGUGGAGUUGUGGUUAAAGUUAUAGUUGAUGCUGGUAUGAACACAGUAGAUCAUAGUCAAAUUUUACCAUUCCGUAGAGCAUGUAUUAAGGUUAGAACUAGAACUUCUGAUAGUCUUAUGCAUCAUAAAUUUGUCAUUAUCGAUAAUAAAAUUCUUAUAACUGGAAGCGCUAAUUGGACUAUGCAGGCAUUAUUUGGAAAUUCAGAGAAUAUUAUAGUAACCAAUCAUCCCGUAUUGGUUGAACGAUUUGUCAAUGAAUUUACAAAUUUGUGGAAGAUAUAUGAUAAUGAUCUGAUAGUAACAGUGACGAAUCUACCAAAUUUGUAGAACAAUUGAAAAGUAUAAAAGAGUGACGAUUAAAAGUGGCAGAAAACAUAAUAAUGACAAUAAUAUUAAUAGUAUUAGGAUUAAAUUUUGUUUGCUUUAUCAAAGAAAAAUACGGAUU